AUGAAUACACCCACUGAAAGACGCAAUGCACUACUCGUAGUUGACGCUCUAAUAGCAACAAUCACGUAUCAGGCAGCAUUGAGUCCACCUGGUGGUGUUUGGACUGCAGACGUCAAUUCCCAUCUCCCAAAUUUUCUUCGUGCUGAUAUCUCUGCUACUAACACCACUCUCAGGGAUACAAAUCCAUUGCGCUAUGUGGGUUCGAGUGUUAUGGGCACGCAUAGCUUUUCGCUAUUCUGGUUUGCAAACACUGCUGUGUUUCUGGUAACAAUCAUACGAAUGAGAGCUGGGGUGUCAAGGGACCAUUUGUGGAUGUUAUUUCCACGAUCGCUGUUGCUUCCACGAUUUGAAUUGUGGUUGUUUGCUUGCUACUCGUUUUCAAUGUCAAUCAUAUCACGAAAGCUAUGGGCCUUAACAGCGGAUGGAGGGGAUUUCGCCGAAAUAUACACGAGAGAAGAAUGGCGGUAAUAGAUGUAUCACACUCCAAAACUCUGUAAAAACAAUUCUUGAUUACCGUC